AUGACUAAUUCCAAGCGCGGAAGCAUCGAGCACAAGCACGAAGCGGACUUCGCCAAUAUGUCCGUCACCGAUCAUGUCGAGAAGAGCGGCGUCCUUGUGGACCCUGAGGCCGAUUACUCUGGUGCUGUGAAGAAGACGGAUCAAGCGGAGAUUCGGCUUGUUCGCAAGUUGGACUUCCGCAUCAUGCCCAUUCUCUGGGCAAUGUACUUUCUCAAUUAUCUUGAUCGAAAUGCUAUUGCCCAGGCGCGACUCAACGGGUUGGAGGAUCAUCUUGGUCUGAAGGGAACGCAGUACAAUACUUGCAUCUCGAUUCUGUUUGUCGGAUACCUACUCAUGCAAAUUCCAUCCAACAUGCUCAUCUCCUCGAAACGUGUCAGACCCUCGCUAUACAUGUCCAUCUGCAUGAUGGGAUGGGCUGUCGUAUCCGCCUGCACAGCUCUUGUCAAAGAUUACAAAGGUCUCGUCAUCGUGCGUUUCUUCCUCGGUGUUGCCGAAGCACCCUUCUAUCCCGGAGCGCUUUACCUACUGGCCAUCUUCUAUACCCGCAAAGAGAUUGCGACUCGUCUCUCGAUCUUAUACUCUGGAAAUAUCUUUGCCACGUCCUUCUCGGGCUUGAUCGCAGCGGCCACCUUCGGUACGAUUGAUGGGCAUCAUGGACUCAAGGGGUGGCAGUGGCUUUUCAUUAUUGAAGGAGCCUUGACCUUUGCGGUUGGCAUUGUUGGAAUUUUCACACUGGCCGAUAGCCCGCUUACGACACGAUGGCUGAGCGAAGAAGAGCGCCAGCUUGCCCAUAAUCGCAUGGUACGCGACACUGUUGGUCUCCAGGAAAGCAAGGGGGCUCGAGCUGGCUUUGCCCAGGCCAUUCGGGAUCCUCGUCUUUGGCUCUUUUGCUUUAUCCAAAACAUGCAUCUGUCAGCUUGCUCAUUCAACAAUUUCUUUCCUACAGUCGUUGGCUCCCUUGGAUUCAACAGCACCAUCACUCUGGUUUUGACCUGCCCGCCUUACCUGGUUUCUGGAUUUUUCGGCUAUCUGGCUGCAUGGUCCUCCGGACGAUUUAACGAACGAACCUGGCAUAUCACAGCGUGUAUGGGCAUGGCCUUAGUCGGUUACAUCAUCUCCUGUGUGACUCUGAACACUCCUGCUCGCUAUAUCGCUUGUUUCCUUUUCGCCAGUGGAGCUUACGCUGUUAACUCCAUGAUUCUCGGAUGGGUUUCUGCAACACUGGGCUCAACUCCUGAGAAGAAAUCAGUCAGCCUGUCGAUCGUUAACGUCAUUGCCAAUGCGUCAUACAUCUAUACCGCUUACCUUUACCCCAAGUCAGACGGCCCUCGAUAUUUAAUUGGUAUGGCCAGUAAUGCUGGGUUUGCUGUAAUGUGUAUUGCGGGUUGCUGGGCUAUGAGGGUUUGGUUAGUAAGGACUAAUAAGAAGCUUGACCAGGAGUCUAAUUCAACUGCUGUCCGAUACGCUUACUAG